AUGACAGACCUACGAAGUGACACUGUCACAAAGCCAUGCCCAGAAAUGCUCAAGGCGAUGAUGCUUGCACCAGUUGGAGAUGAUGUCUAUUCAGAGGACCCAACCGUUAAUUUACUUGAACAGACUGUGGCCGAACUAUCUGGAAAAGAGGCAGCAUUGUUUUGCACAAGUGGUACUCUUAGCAAUCAAAUUGCCAUUCGAACUCAUCUUCUCCAGCCGCCAUACUCCAUUCUAUGCGAUUCCCGAGCGCAUAUUUUCAAAUAUGAAGCAUCUGGUGUUAAUUUUCAUUGUGGUGCUGCGGUUAUACCUGUCACUCCAGCAACUUCAACUGGGCAUCUUGUCGCAGCGGAAGUUGAAAAACAUCUGGUUCUUUCCGAUGAUGUUCAUUAUGCUCCAACCCAGCUUAUUUGUUUGGAAAAUACGCUAAAUGGAAGUAUUUUCCCUCAAAGUGAUAUCGAGAGUAUUUCGAUGCUGGCAAAAACACACUCAAUUCCUUUGCAUUUGGACGGAGCUCGACUUUGGAACGCAUCAGCUGAAACAGGGAUAUCCAUCAAAAACUUGUGCAAACCAUUUGAUAGUGUAUCACUGUGUUUCUCCAAAGGGCUUGGAGCACCAGUUGGAUCUGUUCUAGUUGGAUCUAAACAGCAUAUAAAAAAGGCAAGACAUUUGCGUAAACUGUAUGGUGGUGGAUGGAGACAGGCAGGGAUUCUUGCUGGUGCAUGUAUGUUUGCACUUGAGCAUAAUUGGCCCAAGAUGAAGCAAGUUCACGACAAUGCCAAAUAUUUUUGCACAAAGCUUAUGAAUCUUGGGUUUAAACUCGAAAGCCCAACCGAAACCAAUAUGAUUUGGCUGGAUACCAAACCACUUGGAAUGAGCGCAGAUGACGUUUCGCAAGUUCUUGAAAAACACAAUAUCAAGACUUUUGGAGGAUCUGGAUCUGCAAUGCGCAUGGUAUUGCAUCAUCAAGUACCACGGGAUGAGUUGGAAAAGAUUGUAGAUAUCUUGAAAACCCAUAUUAGUUUAAUGACAAAAAAUUAA